GUGCUGAUAAGGAGAGAGACCACAGUAAUGAGGUAAGCCAGCGCUGUACCCACCGUUUUCCCCUAAAAAGGGUAACUUCCUACUUCGUGCUCUACGACUCCUAUUCCUUCUGCAGGUGCUCGCAGACGGGAGACCCCUUAACCACUGGGAUUGGUGCACAUGAAAAGCUGAUUUUGAGUUUCCGAACCAGCACCCAUCUAAGAAACCUCCACCCCAUCCUUCGCAGUGCGAAACUCCCGCCCGCGUUCGUGGAGAACGCAAGUCCGGGGAUUCGGAAGGGAUCUGCCUGCGCGGGAGGAAAUCGGUAAUAGGAGCGGUCACAAGACUGCAAACACCGGGCUUGGAGAGAUGGGAGUCAACGGAGGCCAAGCUGUCCAGUCCUCACAGCCCGGCCCAGCGGAGAGAGAGGGUCCUAAUCCCCAACUAGGAGCCCAGGCCUCCCGCCCACCGCCGUUCCUUUUAUUACAGCCCAGCCUCGGGCAAGAGUCAGGUCCAAGGGGAAGCUGCCUACCCAAAAGCCGAGACUAAUACCAGAACCUGAGGGCGAGCCUGUGUGCUCCCCCCAUCCCCCAGUCCUCCUCUCCCCCACCUCCAACUCCGCCCCGCCCGCUUGUGUGGGCAUCCCCCACAUUGUGAAACCCGAAGGGCAACUGCGUUCUGGGGACCGAGCGGAUGGUGUCCCCUCUUCUUAGAUCGGGACCCGGGCUCGCGGGGCUGGAGCGACGGUCUCCUAGCGACCGACGGGAGUCACAGUAGCAGCCCUCUAGGCUAGCCUUUAUUUGGAAGUCUUUUUUUUUUCUUUUAACCAAAAAAUAAAAAGUCCCAGAGAUUCUGGGAGCUCGCCCCAUGACCCGGUGUCAAGAAUUCGAGAGUUCCACGAAUAAUAAGAAGAUUGAGGAUGAUGUGGAUUCCUCCAAGGAAGGAGAUGGAAAAGAUAAUUGUGAAAUAUCAGAUGUUCAUUUGCCAGCUAUAGUAGAGAAAAAGGAAAAAGACAAACAUGAAAAUGAAGUCAAAAAAACAGAGCAGCAAUCAGAAAAUACACGUUCCAGGAGACCAAUUGUAAUGUAUGCCAAAUUCAUAAGAACUAAUGCAAGAUUCAGUAAUGAGCCAGUGGGCUACAUAGACCACCCCGAUAUGAAAGACAAUCAGGAAGAUUGGUGGCAACAUGAAGAAAUAUUGAGCCAUCAUUAUACACCAUCUUAUGACUCCCAGACUACCCAAAGAAGUGAUUUCAAAGUACCAGAAUGUGAGUUGGUUUUGUCAUCUAGACACUGUAGGAAACAAAAGGCUGCUUGUGGCAUAGUUCCAUUAGCAAUUUCAGAUACAUUACCAGUCAUCGAAAAAAGAUUUACACAGCAUUUUCCUUUUAUACAUCAGUUCAGAAAAGGUUUGCCAUCAAAGCAUCAUGGAGCUUUCCUGCCGACAGAUAUAAAACCAGUAAGACGACCAACUAAGGGAACAGAAGCAUCCCAAAGUUCUCGAGGGUCACGCUGUUCAGAACAAUCAAAAACAGAGACAACAAGUAUAGUGACCUCAUCCCAUCUCUGCCACCACAGUUCCCAAAGGUCACCAAUUUCUGAAUGUCACUUAUCAGAAAAAGACGUCAAAGGAGAAUCCAAGGCAUACCUCACAGCUCCUGGGAAGGAACAAAAGAGUCCAGGCAUUUCUGGAACAGAUGAAGUCAAUUUUAUCCUUCCUCCCAGGAAGGGGCCUUUAUAUCCACCAAUCAAACAGAGAUUUUAAAAAGUCAGCAGAUCAGUUACCCACAACAGAGUAACACAAUCACUGAUACUUUCAUUAGUUCCUGCAAGGGAAAGAAUCUAGAUUCAUUAUGCUGACAACAAUAUUUGCUUUUCUAGUACCAAUAACCAAAAAUGCAAGCUGACCCCAGCUUAUUUUUAGAAAUAAUGUAGUACUCUUUUGACUAAACCAGUGCUAUAUUUAGUUUUCAGAAAAACCUAUAUGCUUCAAGAAUUGUAGAAGAAUUUGAUUGCCCUUUCCUUAAACUACUUUGUUUACAUUUUGAGUUCAGAUAUUUUGCAAUGAUAUAAUCCCACUGAAUUUAGACUAUCUAGCUUAAUAAUACAGCAAAAUCCCUUAAUUUCUCCAAAUCUUUCUUGUUUUUAGAAAUGGAUAAGAAUGUUUGUACUAUUCCUCCCAUCUUUGAGAGAAUACGGUGGGAGAAGUACUUUGUAACCUAUAAAGUGCUAUAUAAA